AUGGUGCGGCGCUCCGCAGCUAGAAGGAGUUCCAAGCGAGUAGCCGAACUGUGCGGACGUAGUUUGUGCAUUGCAGCAGUGAGUGUCAAUGCGAGCCUAGGCAGAGAGACCGCCGGCAUUUGUUUUACAGAUUCGGGUGCCGGGGAGGAGGGCACUAUGUCGAGAUCUCCGACCCCCAUGGAGAGCGACCGCUCGAGUGGCAACGAAGCCGGCGACAGCAGGCCUAGCACCCCCGGGUCGAUCGUGGAGACGACAACUAGCCGUGAGAGUGAGCUGGCAGCAGAGAAUGCCAGACUACGGCAAAUGAUAGACGACCUCAGAGAUGAGCUAAGGCAACAGAGGAAGGCGUUCGAGGACCUUGAAAAGAGGUCUCGAGAACAGCACGCCGAGCUGUUAAACGCCCUCAAAGGACAACAGGCCCCAAAAGGGGUAAAGCGAGGUAAGCCAGGGACCUCGUCGGGUUCCGAGGAGGAGUCCUGCAAGGCUAAAAAGAAGCCAGCAAAAGCGAACGAAGCACCUGUCGCCGAACAGGUGAAGGUCCCCGAAAUCGUACCAACAACAUCAGAGCGCGCGGCCCCUGCCGAGAAAGCCGAGAGGAAACCGCCUGUCAUUCUUCGCAAGAAGGAGCAGUGGUCAAUGAAGAGCCGGAGGAACAAGGCCCCCAUGCCUCUAGUACUUGUACAAGUCCCCCUGGAGCAAGAGGACCUGCUCAAGGUGACAAGAUGCUGCCACUUAGUCGUCAGGGUGGAACCGCAGAGGGCGAGAACCGAGCCGACGCAGUGCCAUCGCUGCCAGCGCUUCGGUCACGCGCAGAGCCGUUGCACCGCAGAUGUCAAGUGUGUGAAGUGUGGCGAGGGUCACCACUCGGCAGACUGCACUAAGAAGCGCGAGACCCCGGCAAAGUGCGCCAACUGCGGAGGCGAACAUCUCGCCAGCUACCGCAGAUGCUCUAGCUUCCCUAAGAAGACGACAGGAAGCAAGAAGCAGCAGCGCAAAGAGGGCCCCCAAGCUGACAAACAACAGGCUAAGUUGGCACACCCCCCGAAGGUGACGGCGGCGAAAAGCUUUGCCGACGCCGCCAUGCCGAGGCAGGGCCCCGCCGCGGCACCUAAGGGGGGGGGGGGGCUAAAACCGACAGGAGCACGGAACCCGCAAAUGUGCCCAGCAUGCUGGCACAAAUGCGGGAGAUGUACUCCGCGUUGUCGGCUUUUUUUCAGUAAAAUGCCAUCUCUGUUACAGGAGUAA